AGGCAGGUCAGAUAGGAAGAAGGUAGAGAGAGGAGAGGAUCAGUUGAAGCACCUCCGGGCUACGGCCCUUCACCACCACCACCACCACCACUACCACCAUCACUAUUACCAACUCAAGGGAACCAAUAGUGAAAUAACUUAACGAACAGAUACAAGAGGAGGUAUUAACGGAAAGUACAAGAGAUAUAUAGUACUCUGUUACGUAACCACAAGAGUUCUCGAAUUUUCUGGCUGGUUUUUGGAAGUUUCGUUGGUUUGUGAGUUUGAAGGAAGAAAGGAAGGAAAAACUCUGAAGAUGGAAGCUUUAGCCAAGUCUCUUAUUACACUCCCGCGCAUGGCAUCUAUGUCGUGCGGGUACUGUUGCCAGCACAUCGCGCACUCCAGCAGCAAUACCCCGACAACCCAAUACGCUUGUCCCAGCACCCACCACGCCCUGCCGCCCACGCCUACCACCACACCACCGCGCAAGAUCAACCGCCGUACUGAACUCGACUUUGAGGAGCUGAGGGCGCUUCAAGUGGCGGGGGAUAUCGCUCUUAUUGACGUCAGGGAUUCGACGGAGAGGGAAAAUUAUGGUGGCAUUCCUGGCUCGCUCAACAUCCCGCUGUGCAAGAUCAAGGUGGCCCUGCAGCUGUCAGAGGAAGACUGGAUCAGGGAGUUCAACAUGGAGAAACCAGACUUGCAGGACAGGAACCUCGUCUUUUACGCCCGCGGCCCCAAUGCCUCUAGCGCGGCUGUGGAGAUUGCACACAGGCUGGGCUACAAGAGGUCAAGACACUACACGGGAGGCUGGGAGGACUACUGCCAGAAGACCGGCCUGCCCCUUAAGAAGUCUCAGGAUAAGGGCUUCGUCAACUACUACACCAACAACUUCGACCAGUACUUCUUGUAAACGCCUGGUGGGGACUCAACUUGCUUACCAUCUCUGCACCACCACCACCACCACCUGUACUACUAGCACUAAACUAAUAGGAGUUGUACUAUGAGAGCCAAGGGUUGUAUUGGGUAGUACAUACAUGCAUGAUGGGAGCACUGUACUGUUUUCUCAUGACUUAAAGUAGCAAAUGGUGGUUGUUGAGGGGUUUGUAAGGAGGUUGUACUGUGGAUUAGUAAAGAAGAGGAGGAGGAGGAGGGACAAUGAUGAGAUGUGAUUGAGUAAAGGAGGAAGAGGAGGAGAAAUAACAUGAUUGUAAGGAAGGAGAAAGAAGGAGGAUAGGAGUAAUAAGUAAGAAUGAUUAAGGAGAAAAGUUGAGGAGGAGGAGGAGGAGUAAUAAUGGUAAUAAUGAUGCAAGGAGAAAGGAGGUGGAGGAGUAAUGAAUAACAAUGAUUAAGAGGAAAACCAGAGGAGAAGUAGUAAUGUACUAUGAUUUUUUUCUUGAGUAAUGACAAAACAAACUUUCACGUUGCCAUUUGUUACGCAUAAUGUUAGUUACUUAGUGUUCAUGUCUUGAGUUGUGAGGCUCAAGGGCCGCCCACCGCCACCAGGGAGAGGUUGAUACAGUGUUACCAAUUGAGUGAUAAUCAGGUGUGACCAAUACUGCAUCAGAUUGCUUGAUUGUGAAGACCAGUGUUAGUGACCAUAUAAACACACACACACACACACACACACACACACACACACACACACACACACACACACACACACACACACACACACACACACACACACACACACACACACACACACACACACACACACCAUGACUAGGUAAAUACACACUCAUACAACAAAACAACAACUAGGUACGUAAAUAUACACGCACAGACAAACACAACUAGAUACACACACACACACACACACACACACACACACACACACACACACACACAAGAGGUCUAUGUAGGUCAGCCAGUGAGUGUGCGUACAAGAAUACAAGGCAGAAAAUGCAAGUGUUAGUUGGUGAAUUAGCAAUGAAUAUAGCAUGAAUGUAGGUCAGCAUGAUAGCAAUUAGUUGUGAUGGUUUAAACAGGGCAGCUAAUUCCAUGAGAUUUUGGGGGAAGGGGACAGAAGGGUCAUGGGAGGUAGCAAGUCAAGAGAGAAGAUACACUGGGUUAAGGAACAUGGUAUUGAGAGGCAAAGUUCAGGUGUGAUUGGUGAGGGGCAGAGCUGAGGAGGUCACUAGAGGGAGCUGCCCUGUAGGUUUGCUGAGGUAGGUAAUGGUAGGAAGGUUAAAUAGUGUUGUGGGUGGUCAUAGGUACUCUUGUUAUGGGACACACAGGUAUUCCUGUUAAGGGACAGUUUGGCACCUAUGCAGACCUCUUGAAACACAGAUACCGUGAAACACAGAUACAUCCCUAUACAAAUCAAGUACAUACAUACUCAGACAUGCACGUCCUCAGACAAGUCAAGUAUACACACACACACACACACACACACACACACACACACACACACACACACACACACACACACACACACACACACACACACACACACACACACACACACACACACACACACACACCGCCCAGACAAGUCAAGUAGCUUAUCUUCACAGGUAUCCACAGGUGGUGAUGGCUUCAAGUUUCCGUCACCUUAGAUGGAAAGGUGUUGCCAUCACUGGCCAGCAAACUCCCGACAACACUCCACCACACCAUCAGUCCCUCACUUACACAAUCAGACGCAUCCACACUUCACAUAACAUUAGAAGCCUUUAAGUUUCCACAAAAUUAACAUUGAUGGAAGCUGGACUUCAUCAAUAUAAAAAAAGAAAAAUAUAUAAAAAAAAAAGCAAAAUGAAGUAUCAAGGAAAAACCUUUUAUACUUUCUUAUCAAUAAUUAUUAGUUCAGAAUUUUGAGCUGAGGCCUGAUUUUUUUUUUUCAUAUAUAUCAAUUCAGGAUGUGGUUCAAUGCAACAACAGUAGUGUGUAGGUUGUUACUUAGAUAUUCAUAGUGUUUACCUUGUAGUGUGUGUGUGCCCCAAGCCCUCGGUCUGAUUGGAGGAACUGAGAGAGAGAUAUAUAGAUAGGAAGAGGAACAGUUUAGCAGUGCAGGUAAGAGUGAAAGAACUGUGUGAAUGUGGAGCUUGGUAAUUGAGAGAGAGUGAGUGAACGAGUGAGAGAAAAACUUAACAUUGUGUGGAUGUUGAUUAGAAGAGUGUAUGAGUGAGAGAGCUUAUUGAUUGGGUGUGUGUGUGUGUGUGUGUGUGAGAACAGUGUAUUAAUGUUUGAUUGGGAGAUUGUAAGUGAGUGAAUAGUGUAUCAGUGUGUGGGGUUUGAUGACCGAGUGAAUGAACGAGUGAGAAAAAUUAUCACAGUGUGGGGUUCGGUGAUUGGGAUGAUCGGUAGGAAACUUAAAAAAAAAACAAGGUUGUCUUAGGAUGCAGUGUGAGGAUGUGAUGUCCGCACUGCCACAGAACUCCCACAGCAUCGUAGGUUCCAUGUAUUUUUGAUACUGGUGCUUAAGGGCAAUAGUCUAGCACAUAAGUGAGACUGUGUUAACCCAUUACUGAACUAGGAUGAAGGCUGUGGUGAUUGGCUGAUGAUGAUUAUGAUUGUUUAUUGUCCAUACGUACAAAGUAUAUAAGGAAAAUUAAAAAAAUAAGUGAAGGUGCAAGUAUAUUGUGAGUCUUUUUAGGAAACAUUGCUGUGGGUGUUCUGUGGUUACUCUUAGGUAAACAAAAGUGAUAUGCAAAUGUGACAAGGAAUGACGAGGAAUCUCUUUUCAGCUUAACGUGUCAUGUUCUUAGUAGACUGUUAUCCUUGUCCUGUCAGUCUGUCAGUCAGUCAGUCAUUCAGUCAAGUAGGCAGAUUCACUUAAUUCAGAUCAUGGAAUGCAUUUUGAUGGUAGCCAGUUUUAUGAGCCGAGCCAAAAGAAGUAGAUGGCUCGCGUCUCCUUAUGUUUAUUCUUUAAGUUUAUGGUUGAGUGAGACAGAGAGCGCUGGCACCCACAGACCACUUGGUAUUUGUUUUGAGUGCCCUGUGGGAGUCUCCAUUCUCUGGCGCUGGCUGGCUGUGGAGUCUGGCCUAGAAAUAAUUAGUGGGCCGGACUGCACUGCUAGACAUAUCCUGGAGUGGGAGUCAACACUGCAGCCCUGGUGCCUCGCUGCCCUGCCGUUGCUAUGUGAAAGGAUGUGCUCAUUCUGUUUUGUUCUUUUAUCGCAGUGAGGCACCAAGGAAGGUUGGUUGUUGUCUUGGUGAUGGAUCCUGGCUACUUAAUAAAUGUUCAAGUAUU